AGCGCAUGUUUCAUUUAAUUAUCUCUUAAAUUUAUCAUGUCAUACAAUCACGUGUUUAUUCGAUAUAACGUAAUAUUACUACAAAGAUAUAUAUAUAUAUAAUACUUUAUAUUAUCAUUUCAAUGAUGUUUCUGAAUUAUUUUAAUACAGAUGAUAUUUAAAUAUUUUGUGUUUAUUUACUGCACAUAUAUGUCAAUUUAUAUGACUGCUAUUUCAAAAAACAAGAUUCUUUUGUUUUAUUAGUAUUUUUCAUAUUCCUGUUUUUAGUACAUAUAUAUUUAUAUAUAUAUAUAAAUAUAUAUAAAUUCUUUUCUAGUCUUUAAGUCGCAAAUAUUGAAUAUUAAGAUAAUAAAUCUGUGGACAAAAAUCUUUUGUAGUGCAUCUUAUGUGUGCUGCAAAAAUAUGUUUUAAUUUUGCCGCGCGAAUUCAUUAUAUACAAAAGUGUAUUUUUAAAACAUUGACCAUAUCACUUUGACUUGCAUUAGAUGCAUAAAUUUAAGUCACUAAGUAUAUAAAAAAAAGAAAUAUAUUUCACGUAAAAUUAAAUAGUCAUUAUAUUAUAAGGUAAAAGUUGGUAAACAACAAUGAAUUAUCAAUAUAUUUACAAUAUUUUUAUGGUUGGAAUGGUGUUGCGCUCAAUAAGUGGGCAUAAAGAAAUGCUUUUUGAUUUUACAACUGUAGAAAAUGUGGAUAAUUGGAGAGAAAUAUCUGACACUGUUAGAACAGUAGGAAAAUCAAAAGCUGUUUUAGCACUACAAACAACACAAGUUUUUCAACGAGCUAUAUUCUUUACUCUUUUAAAUCCACAACCAAAUGGUGCAGGAUUUGCAGGGAUACGUACAAUGACUAAUUUAAAUUUAUCCAAUUUUGAAAAUAUUGAAAUCAAUUGUCGAGGACAAGGCAACAAUAGUCACUAUAAAAUUGUUCUUAGACACAAAGGCCUUCAUUCAAAUGAAGAUAUAACAUAUGAACAAUUUUUUAUGGCACCAAUGUCAGAUAUUGACUUUUCAACUGUAACAUUGCCUUUGAUAAAUUUUAAACCAUAUUAUCGUGGACGAGAAGUACCUGAUGCAGAACCAUUAGACACUGCAAACAUUACAAUGCUUGGUUUACAAGUGUUUGGUGGAGUUUAUUUACCAAAGAAACAAAAAGGUGUAUCAGCAUUAGAAGUAGAAAAUAUUUUAGUAUCAUAAUUCCCAUAUUAAUAAUGAUUGAAACUAAAUUUACUGUAUUUUAAGCAAUUCACAGAAAGAUAAAACUAUAUUUCAAAUAACAACAUGUAUAAAGGAUAAUAAAACAUACACAAAUGUACUGUAGAAU